UCUCUUGCAUAUGUUGAUUCAUUCGGGUUUAACAUUCACCAACCGCAAGCAUCAUCAACAGGUCAAGUCUUUGCUUUGCAACCUCAUGCAGUCUGUGCAUCGCAAAAGGCCAUGGCUGGCUUGCUGCCUUGGGCUGCUGGCCAUUCCAUUUGAUCUGAAAGAUUCUGAUGCCAAUCCUCAUGAAAUUGCAGAACAGGGGACCACCAGCAUGCGCAAAAACUAUGCAGUUGUGAGCUAUGUCAAUCAGAAGUGAGCAGCUGCAGUGCAUUUUCCCUUGGUAGUUAAAGCUUCUGCUACCAGACUCAACCCACCGAACCUGGAUGAUUCGAAUUUGCCCAAGUUGAUGGAGUUGGAAUUUUGCUUUGAUUUUCCCCUUGACCACUGCGCCUGGGCUCACUGCAUCCAAAGAAUUGAUGUUGAGCAGUUGCAUUUUGCACAUGCAUCCAUCUCAAUGACUUUCCGGAAUGGAAGGUGCAAAGGCGAGUCGGUGCAAACUUUGACGAACAAGCUGCUGAGUGGUGAGACUCAGGUGGAGGACAUUCCGGCCCUGGUAGGUGUGCAAGACCCCCACGGGAAGGUCUUCAUUGUUAGUGGAAAUCGGCGAUUGUUUGCUCUGAAGGCUUUUGCCGAUCAACUUCCAAAGGAAGGGGCCCAGUGCGUCAAAGCCAGCACUUUGCUGGUCAGCCUGUCUGACAUGCACCUGUUCCCGCAGUCCUUUUUGCCCGCUGUGUGGAAGCCUUCACCAGUCAUGAUGGUGGCCGCCCAACCUUGAGAGCCGUCCAGCCAGAACAUCCACAGGCGCAGUCAGUGGCGCGGCCAGCCGUGGUGCUGAAAGCGGCGCCAUCAGUGCCGAGAGGCACCAUUUUAAGGAGCUGGGCGCUGAAGGGCCUUGAAGGCUUUUGGAUUGACCACAGAGGUUCGGUCUACAUGGUCGAAGAGAAGCAGGGCGUUGGCCUGGAAGUUGUCAGAAACAAUGGGACAGAUUGCCGAAACUACAGACUGGAGUGGGAUGGGCAAACCUUCGUGUGGCCUUCUUACAAUACAAAACAUGUGGCAGUUUGUGUCAACGCUGACACCAUCAACUGGCGCUGUGCCUGCACUGGCCGGAUUAGUUUCAUAUGGCACAGAUUCAACCAACAGUGAAAAAUG